CGAGACACGAGACACGAGACACGAGACAUACGACAUAGUGAGAUCGGAUUCGAAUGCCAAACAAGUUUGCUUCACUGCAGAAAUUAGACGGGAACCAAAAUACUUUGAUUUUUCGGCACGUUACAUAGAAUYGGUAGACUAUCAUGCAACGGCGCUACCACCAUUCCGAGAAGCAGCGUCGCAAUCCGUCGYCUAGCGCAGCGYGGCCCCUAGUUUCGGGCAUGCAUAUGCGCUGGUUGCUCAUCGCAAUAGCUGUAUCCUCUCAGCCGAAUGCGUUGGUAACGGAUGCCUUUACUUYGAUUGCCACUGCCCCAACGGUCCGCAUCCCACGGAAUGCGUAUUUCCAAKGCCAGACCUSUUCCACUGCUUCCAACCCUCUGGGAUGCACGACCACUCCGGAGGGCGAACCGGCAACAGAAUCGCAAACGAUUCGCGUUCGGGCGGCCGUCUAUCAACCACCGCCACCGUCGAAAGCCAAAGUCACUGUARCGGGAGGGGGAGAAGAAACUAGCCCCGACACCAACCCGAUCGGGAUUCUCACCGAGGCCGCCGAUGUCCUCCGGAUGGCCUCCAAUUGUGGUAUCGACCUGGUGCAGUUCCCCGAGUUCUUUCUGAACGGGGGUAGGCCGGGAAGCGGAUCGCUGCCCCCGCUUGAUCGGGAAUCGUCCACCCUCAGCGUGGUCGGAAACCUCUGCGCCGACCUAGGGGUUGCCUGCAUCCUCGGAUACGCGGAGCAAGAGCACGAGAGCGAGGGAUYGGGUACCACCACGAGUGACAGGGUGUCUCUGCCGUGCUACUACAACUCCCUGGCCCUCUUUCACGCCGACGGCUCGAGGGCCGGAAAUUACCGGUGCGUGACCCCGUCCCAAAAAAGRGACGGCGAAGGCACCCCUGGCACGGGCCAUCCGGUGAUCGAGGCCAUACCGAUCGACCUCCGCCUCCCCGACCGGUCCGGGGGAGCCGCACCGGUGCGAGAAAUCAAGGUCGGUGCCAUGUGCGGGGACGACGCCCUGGUCCCGGAGCUCGCGAGACACCUCACGCGUUCCGGGGCCCAGCUCCUGGCGGUCUCGGGAUCGGCCCGGGAACCGGRAACCSGCGGCGAACCCAUCGACRACCUCGUGGCYGAGCGUGUCCUUCCGACCCGAUCGAUCGAAAACGGCCUGCCCGUCCUGUUCUCGAACURCUGCGGGAGCGGCGAUUCGGAGGAGGAAGGCGAAGAAUCCCCCGGCGCCGGGGGCRGGUCGGUCGUGGUCUCGGCCCGCGGGAGGGACCUCGUCCGCGCCCCCGCURGUGUGCACGGGGACAUGCCUUCCUCCGAUGGCUAUCUGCUGCCCUGCGGCGGAACCGGUGGGGGGGGAGCGGGGGGAGCGGCCCUGUACGCUGCCGAUGUGGAAGUCCCCGAACGGGGAAGCAACCGCCAGCGCGAUUCCUCCAUCGAGGGAUGGGACCUGUUGCCCCGGAUCGAGGAGGGCCUGCUCGGAUCCACCGCUGCCGCAGCGGGGAAACCACAAAACGACGACAAGCCUCCCAUAACACCGGCCGCAAAGGGAUUUGGGCGCGAAGUGAUCGAAAUGCUGGAGCAACAGCAAGGCAAAAAGAGAAAGCGACGGCGGCAGUCGAAACGAAAAUAAAUWGAAACACAUGGAAACGAACCUCGUAAAGGUAAAACCAAAAUUGAAGGUAUUGAAAGAAAGAAAACACCGCAUUGGGCGCUCAGGAAAAUAUUGGCAGAGUAGUUCAUUAUAUGAUAAUCUGGAGCAGUUGUUGGCAACUACAGGAACGCUUCUCAAAAUGAACAAGUGAAAUGUAA